AGUUUCUGGUACUGCUUCUGUGAUUGAAGCAGCGCCACUGAGCCGUCUGGAGUAGAUCAGCGUUCCCUCUCAGGAUUUUUCACCUCCCCUGGCUCUUUGGAUUCUACCUCUUUGCUUCUCUGGAACACUGUGUCCUGAUUUUAAGAAAAUCAACUAUGACAGCCAAACAUCGCAAAGGAAAAAACAGUCCCAAACCGGAGGACAACUUCUUCAAAAAUGAUGUUAUGGAAACAGAAGUUCACUCUGGAGGACAUAACUACACUCAGCUGCUGGUUCUGGUAGUGGGCUCUGUGAUUGCUGUUUUCAUGGGAGUGUGGUUCUUUUUCCAGCAGCACCAAACUUUAACCCACUUAUCAGACAAUCUCACGGGCAUCCAGAUGAGGAUCUCAAAGCUGCAGUCCUCUCAUGAAGAACUGCGGCUGUCGAACAGCAAGCUGCAAAGUUCAGAGAGUGUGGAGACUCGCUUGAAGAUCCUGGAGGAUUCAUACGCGCUGGCUCAGAAACAGGUUGGCAUGGCAAUGGCCACAGCCGAGCGGCUCAAGGUGUCCGACCUGCCCGCUCAGGUCCUGUCCCUGCACACGGAAAUGAAAGCCCGCCUGAUGGAGAUGCAGCAAGCCACCGUGUCCCUGGAGCAAAUGAGUCAGCUGCAGAGCAUGCUGAGGGGGAAGAGCGAGGAGUUUGAGGAGGUCAGAGUUCAAGUGGAGGGUCUGGCCGCACUGAGUAGUGAACUCUCCCAGAAGGUGGAGGUCCUGACCGGCAGCCUAGGAGAAUUAGAAUCAAAGCUGGAAGAGAAAGCCGGUCAGAUCGACACGUUGAGUUCAUCCCUGGAUGCACAGGCGACGGAGGUGCUCGGGUUAAAAAAACAACUGGACACAUACCAGGCUCAGCUGGACACCAACGUGGUGGAGAUCACUACUGUCAGGGAGCCGACUGACAGGAUGCUGCAGCAGUUCAGUGAGGAGGAGCUCUUGGAUACGCUCCUAGAAGGUUCCCCAGUUUCUGAGAUUCUGGAGCAGGAAGGGGAAGGGGACAGCUCUGUGGCAACUGGAGAGGGAGAGGAAGAUGCUGCAUCAACCAAAGAGGAAGAGGAAGCUGGAAAGAAAGAUGCAGCUCUCUCAUUUGGGGAGGUUGCUAAAGCAGGUACUGCAAAUGAGAGGACAGAGAGAGCAGCAGAGGAACAGGAAGUGGACAGUCAGGAGCAAGAAGAGGAAGCUGGAGCUGUGGAAGAACCAGAAAAGAAAGAUGUUCUUGGAGCACAAGAAGAAACAGCAUCCUCUGAGCAAGCAGCUCAAGACAAGGACAUGAAAUCUAUUGAAGCAGCUCAGGAGGAAGAGGAAUCGGCAUAUUCUGAAACUUUUGUGGAGGAAGACUCAAAAGAUACUGAAAAAGAUCCCAAAGAAGAGGAAACAAAAGCCACUGAGGCAUAUCAAGAAGAGGAACCAGAAGCUACUAAAGCAGCUCAAGAAGAAGAGGAAACGGAAGUUCCUGAAGCAGCUCAAGAAGAAGAGGAAACGGAAGCUACUGAAGCAGCUCAAGAAGAGGAAACGGAAGUUACUGAAGCAGCUCAGGAAGAAGAGGAAACGGAAGCUACUGAAGCAGCUCAAGAAGAGGAAACAGAAGUUACUGAAGCAGCUCAGGAAGAAGAGGAAACGGAAGCUACUGAAGCAGCUCAAGAAGAAGAGGAAACGGAAGCUACUGAAGCAGCUCAAGAAGAGGAAACGGAAGUUACUGAAGCAGCUCAGGAAGAAGAGGAAACGGAAGCUACUGAAGCAGCUCAAGAAGAGGAAACGGAAGCUACUGAAGCAGCUCAAAAAGAAGAGGAAACGGAAGCUACUGAAGCAGCUCGGGAGAAUGAGGAAGUAAAACUUGCAUUUGAGGCUGGACAGGAAGAAGCCAUUGAAACAGAAAAGGAAGAAGAAGCUGCAGAAGACUCGGUAGAAACGAGCGCUGCAGCUGAGGAGGAAGCUCCAGAGGCAGAAGAGGGGCAACUUCAUUUUGGUGAAGAACAAGGUGCUCACUUUCUGGAGGAGGAGAGCUCAUCAGCAGAUGGCGCCACUUCAGUGAAACGAGAGGAAAACGUGCCUGAAAAGGCAGAAAAAAAGGAGGAAACUGAAUCGAAAAUUCCGACAGCUGAGAAGGAGAGCCAGGAAGCAGAAGGAGAACCCGAACAAACAGCCGAGCAUGAAAACCAUGUACUUGAAAUGGAGGGAGAGCAGGAACUACAUUUAUUUGAGGAAAAGCAGCAGGAUGAAGCAAGUGAGAAUGAAUCAGAGAUGACACAAAAGGAUGAAGAUUUACCAGACGACAAAUAGUAUCUUUCCCCACAAAAGGACUGUUUUGUGCUGGAAAUGCCCAUGAAGGAGAAGGACCUUCUCUUACCAACAGCUGCCAGGAGGCAGACACUGAGACAGCAGAGCCACAAUGUCUGAGAAAAGAAACUUUGGGUCGAAGGGCAACAAACACGUCAAGGUUUACCUGCCGGCUGAGUCAAACAAAGUCUUUGUUGAAGAACUACUGGGAAUUCUCUGAAUAAAGUUCUGCUGCUGCACAUGACGCUGUGAAAGGUUUGUGGAGUGGAGGCAGAACGACUUUCUUAACAUGUUUACACGUGGAUUGAAUCUGUUUCUGAAUGUUGUUCUGAAUUCCUGCAAAUAUUUUUUCUUGUGCUUUUAUAUUUUAGUAGUUUAAAUUAGGUCUGUUUGGUGAUUGCAUUACCAGCUGCACAAAAUCCAUGUUGCUGUUUUUUGACACAUUUGAACAUUAAACUGUUUGGUUUCCAUCUCAAUAUCCUAUAAAAUGAUUGUCAAUAACGCUUUUUGAAGUUUUCAGAUGGUCUAUGUUGUUUUUUCUUAUUGGAAAGUUGUCUGUUUUAAAUUGGAAAAUAAAACACCUCAGGGAUACAUAUA